AGGUCAUACCUGCAUGAACGCGCUUUGAUGCAAUAUGGAGAUAGUCUGGAGGCCUCCAGGAAAUGUCUGCCUGAGCUUCUUGGUUUAAGCAUGCCAGAUCUUUCUUCUCAGUUCGGCAUGAAGAGGGGCCACAUCGCCCGUUUCAUGGACAGAACCAGUUCAUGUGCAGAUCCUUUGCCAGCAUCAUAUGCUCUCCCUGCAAGGAGAGUGACCUCCAUACCUUCAAGAAACAAAAGCAUGUUCAGGAGAGAGCUUGUUUCUGUCGACUCACGAAAAAUGCACUCUCUGUUGAAAUCUCCUGCAACGAGCGGUAAAAAUUAUGAUGUAUCAAUUGAGCAAUCCAUGGCUGAAUUUAAGAUCAAAGAUGGACAUAGCUUUAAGGGGAUCGUGGCUGCAGCACCUGCAGAGCCUAGGGCAUGUGGUUGUGUACAGCCUCCUCCAAUAGUUGAAAAUGUUGCUCCACACUCUGCUAUUGAGAACAUCUCAAUCGAGAAACUAACUCCAGAGUACAAGAUUGGGAUGGAGCGUUUGUUGAAAACGAAGACACCGCCAAUGAAGGCUUCGGAAUUAUGGCGUGAUAAACCAGUUGUGCUCCUCUGCAUCCGACGCCCUGGGUGCAUAAUGUGCAGAGCAGAAGCCCACAAACUCUAUGCAAAAAAACCCAUUUUUGAUGCGCUCGGAAUUCAGUUAGUGGCAGUUCUUCAUGAGCACAUAGAGUCAGAGAUAAAAGAUUUCUGGCCCCGAUAUUGGGGUGGUGUCGUAGUCUAUGACAGGGGCAUGGAAUUUUUCAAAGCUCUUGGUGGAGGAGAGCUGCUCAAGGACAAAUUCAUAUCAGGAUUUCUUUUCAAUCCUCGAGCUAUUGCAAAUUAUAAACGUGCAAAAGCCAUGGGAGUGAAGCAAAACUUCAAGGGGGAAGGUGAAAUAAAAGGUGGACUCUUCAUAGUUGGCAGAGGAAAGAGUGGAAUUGCCUACCAGUUUAUAGAGAGAAAUUUCGGAGACUGGGCACCUCUUGCUGAAGUCCUUGAGAUCUGCACACGGUUGCAGAACCAACAGCAAGGUCAGCAGUCAUCUAUCAAAACAUCAGCAGAAUAUGAUUAA